AUGGCACAACAAGAUGUGGAGCAACAGUGCAUCACGGGGAAGCAGAGAUCCACAGGUUGUAAAGGAGCAUUAGAGGAACUGAUGGAAUUCAAUUCCAGGCUCUUAUCUCCAGUUCAUAUAUUCUUCAGCCAAAGGCUGGCUCCUCUUUCCUCCAGCCUCCAACCCAUCAUCCAGACAGCGAUCAAGCUCCAGGAGGCUGCUACAGCCUCCGACCUCAAAACCUCUAAGCUCUAUACCAUAACUCAAAUUCCUGGCGCACCCCCCAUCCCUUAUGAACAUGGGUCCCAGGUCAUCCCCCCUCCACCUAGCAGCUUCAAAAUCCUAGCAAGUGCUUGCUCACCCGAGAGCUCACCUGAGCCAGGUGCACAGAGUUCUGAGGAGCCUGCUGGGCUAUGGACAGCCCAGGUGGGUUCCGGCUCUUUAAACCCAGGGGCCCCGCCCAGGGCAACACACCAGCAGGCUGGAGGGAACUGGUCAGACUCCUUGGAUUCCUGCAGCCACCCCUCCCCAUGUGCUAAUCUUAAGGAGACAGCUCACCUGCCACACCCAGAGCACGGCCAUCUGGGGUCCCAGGCCUGCUCAGAGCUGAGGGCUCAAGGUUGGGAAACUACCAGAUCUGAGUAUGUCAUCCAGUUACAUGGGAGCACACAGACAAGUGGAAGAUACUCUGGCUAUCAGUAUACAGAGGGUGUCAUCAAGAGCUUCGGAGUGAGGACCAGGGGAGCCCCAGACCCAGGAAGUUGGCUGUUCUGGAGAGUGCUGAUGGAGGCCCUGGGCCACGGUGUCAGGAACAGCAGCAGAACUGAUGACCAGCUCAUGCCUGGCACAGAUUAAAGCACACCUUCUCAUCUUUCUUCUUCUUUUAAAAUAAAAAUACUGUAUUUACU